UUGUAAAUAAACCAGCUAUUUUAACAAUAAAUAAUAAAUACAAAAUAUUAGGCGUGUCAUAUUGCAAGUAAGCUUAAACUAUGGAGAGAAAAAAACUCCACUGAGGACUGUAUGAGUAUGUAUGAGUCAAACAUAGAAACAGUGUGUGUUGGGAAAACCAACUGUAGAUCUGCCCUCUUGACGUCAGAGGGGGAGUUCUGCGACCAGAACUUCCUCACACACUUGAUUUUACCCUUAAUGUCUUAUUUUGUCUCAUCACUUCGGAAGCUUGGGAGGAAUGAGGUUCAGCCUCAGUCUCACGUAUCUCUUUUCGUACAACUUGCUCCAGUUCUGCGGACACACAUGGGUUUUUGCGAACAUGACAGCCAGAUUUCUCUCUUUUGGCGAAGAUGCCCAGGCUGGCACCUUCUAUUUCGUGGGUGUUAUGAUGGGUGCUUGUCAGCUUUUGUCUCUGUUAGAACUGUUUCACAUCGCAGAUGGUUUUGAGGAGUGCAGACUUUUCCCUCGCUUUAUGCAGGUAAUGGAGAGAAACGUCCUUCUGUUUCUCCUCAUUAGUCUGGAGGAGUUUCAGAGUAAACGGAUAGUGUGCGUGCAGUUUUAUCUGUGGAAUAUACUGGGCCUUCUAAGGUAUCCACACGAGUUAUUUUGCCUUAUAGGCACACCGUAUUUUAAAAUCCUGUGGGUGCAUCAAACGCUCUCAAUCCCAGUCUACUUGCUGUCUGCUGUCACAGAAGGAAUAAACAUUUUGCAUAUGUUGCAGUACUUGUCUGAGUCUGAAGGAAUGGAUUCAGUACGGCUUGAAGUCCCUGCAUCAAUGUACCCGUAUUCCUCCUACAUCGUUAUGGGUUGGUUGCUGCUUCUUGUGUUAGGAUCCGGUAUAACAGUACUGCUUUUGCUGAAGGAAAGGAACGAGAACCUGGAGAGCUGGAACAAAAAACUGAAGAACGACUAAUCAGACAAAUUGUUAGUACAUUUUAACCUUUAGUAUUAUGUUAAACGUUAGGAAACGCACGUAGUAAAACACAAUUAUGUUUGCUCGUUUAAUGGUACUAUUAAAACGUGUUAUUGGUA